AGUGACCUUCUGACGUGAGUGCAAAAUGACAAACAUGGAGCUACUGGAGAAAGUGGCAGGAGAAGGGCUGCACGAAUUCGGCGCGCUCAAUACGCUGCUGUUUGUGGUCAUACUGGGCGUGUGUAUCGUGUGUGCGUACUUGAUCAAGGAGUAUCGCUUCUAUUACCUACCCGAAUCGGGGGCUGCUAUGCUCGUGGGGAUGAUCGUCGGUGUUUGUGCACGGCUAUUCUACCCGAGUCGGAAGGAAAUGGAGUUCCUCCGCUUCAAUAAAAUCUUGUUCUACUUUCUGUUGCUGCCACCGAUUAUCUUUGAAGCGGGAUACUCAGUGCAUCGGAAACGAUUCUUUGACAACUUCAAUACUAUUCUGCUGUACGCAGUGCUGGGAACGGUUGUGUCGACAUUUAUUAUCGGCUACUUGACGUACUACGCUGGCAAGUUGGGCUGGAUUGACAUCGACCCGUCUUCACCACUGGAAGCGCUGCUCUUUGGAGCGCUGAUCUCUUCUGUGGAUCCUGUAGCGACCCUCUCCAUUCUGGGAAACCCGGAGCUGAACCUGGAUCCCCUGCUCUACAGUCUCAUAUUCGGUGAAAGCGUGCUGAACGAUGCCGUAGCCAUUGUGCUGUUCAACACCUUCUUGAAGUUUGAGCAGUCCCAGAGUGAAUUUACGACCGGCGCCGCGGCUUCAUUGAUGAUGGAGUUUACGCUCAUUUCGUUGGGCUCCGUGGCGUGUGGUAUCUUCACUGGACUUGCCUGCGCCUUCAUGUGUAAAAAUUCAAACAUCAAGGGGUAUCCGGCGUACGAGAUCACGCUGCUGUUUCUUUACGCCUACGGCUCGUACGCGCUUGCAGAGGUUAUGAAGCUGUCGGGCAUCAUGUCACUGUUCUUCUGUGGCAUUAUCAUGGCACACUACAACUCGUACAAUUUGUCCAAGCCAUCACAAGUGACUGCAGAGCACAUUUUCAAGAGUUUCGCGCUGGUGUCGGAAUUCUUUGUGUUCCUGUACAUGGGCAUGGGUGUAUGCGCUGGCCAGUUUGGGCGUUGGGACUUCACCUUCAUUUUCCUCGCUACCAUCUUUUGCUUGGUGUCACGUCUAUUCAACACGUUCCCGCUCAGUUGGAUCGCCAACCAAGGGUACGCUCACUGUUCAUACGUACUGAGUUCACUAAAGCUCACAUAUUCUUCACUAGGCGCACCACAAAAAUCCCAGCGAAGAUGCAAGUUGUGCUGUGGUUCGCAGGACUUCGUGGAGCCAUUUCGUUUGCGCUGUCGCAGAACAUGCCGGGUCCAAACCAGGAUUUAUACGUCACUACGACACUUUCUGUUUGUAUCUUUACGACAAUUAUCUGCGGUGGAAUGACGGAGCCAUUGCUAGCAUACACGCGCCUGAAGCGCGAUCAGCCACACCCAUCGGAAGAGAACGAAGAAGAAGAUGACGAAGAGCAAGGCUUUCUUGACGAAAUGAUUUCGGAUCACGACGACGACGAGGAUGUCCGCAACCACCCAGUGUUUGCCCGUCGAGAAGAAAAAAGUGCCUUGCACUCGUUUUGGAGCAACGUACGUUUUGGAGUUGUUUGUUUAUUGAUGUGGGCAUAAUCGAUAGUCUGUGGCUUUCUGUAGAUCGAUGAACGCUACAUGAAGCCAGUGUUUGGAGGUUCUAUUCAGCGCCGGGUACGUUUCUCGCUGUAGCAGUAUGUGGUUACUCUAUCGCCAAGCUGAUGUAUGCUGGUACUUCUACUUACUCCCUUUCAUCAGCUCUCUCAGCCUUCUCCGUCCCCAUCAAAAACCAGUGUCCGUGGAAAAGGACUACAAUAGGCAAUUAAUUAUCCGUAAAUGGUAGCAAACAACGAUUACCACCGUUGGGGUUUUGGUUACCUGACUUUAAGCUGUUGGAUCAGCUAGACGAAUCUCCGCCUUUAUUGAGCCACAGUUGAUGGUUGGUUCCCGCUUGCUGCUCUUGGGUCUCGUUGUUCGUGGUCGUUCCUUCUGAUCCAGAUCCUCGCUUUUCUUGCGGUGGUGACAAAGGUGGUGCUUUGAGCCAUCAUUUUCAUGCGAAGAUGCCUGAGCUGAUGACUGUGAUGACGUUGAAGCUCGUGACGAUGCCGAUGCUUGUGAUGAAUUCGAAGCUCUACGUUCGUCUGCCCCGCCGUUGGGGGCUCCUUGAGAGCCCUUGGGCCGACUCCUACCAUCUUUUGAUGCGGCAUCGCUGGCGGUGGAUGCCCGAGAUUGUGGAGAUCUUGUGUCCUCUUUGAUGUCAG